GUGUGUGUGUGUGUGUGUGUGUGUGUCUAGACCUCCCAUGAGCACUCCGAUGUGACCGAGCAGGAGAGAAAAACCAGGACACACAGCGGGAUUAAUACACAGAGAGAGAGAGAGAGAGAGAGAGAGAGAGAGAGAGAGAGAGAGAGAGAGAAUGAGAGAAAGGGUGAGUGAGAGAGAGACAGACAGAGAGAGAGAGAGAGAGAGAGAGAGAGAGAGAGAAUCGUAGGGAGAAGCGAGAGCCUCAGUUCACCAGUGGAUGGAGAGAGAGACAGAUCAUAACACAUAAGGAUGUAAGACAGAAGACACACACAAGAGUCUGAUAACACACAGGAAUAUAUGAUAAAAGACAAGAGAGAACGAGUGAACGAGAAAGAUGGCAAACGGUCUGUUCACCUACACCAGAGUCUGAGUGAUAAAGGUAAACAAGACAACAGGAGACUUUGGGGACAACUGAAAUUAGUGGAGUGACACUUGACCACAGCAAGACCGCCAAUGGUGACCAAGAGCUAAAACGUUUGAUUUGUGGAACCAAAGGGUUUAUGACGGGUUUAUGACAAAUGAGAUCUCUGAUUACACAAUGGAAUUCCAUCCAUCCAGUUCCUGUUUGGAAUAAUUACCUCUUUUUUAGGUAGUAUGCUUGAAAACCAAAGCCCCACCCCCUCCAGCUCAUCCUCAGGGGGCUGAGCCAAUCAGCAGAGGUCAUGGGCCGACGGGCAGCCGACGCGUCCAAUGCGGUGCCAGCCCUGGAGGUGCCACUAGCUGGUGGGCGGGCCAUGCUCUCUCGGAAAUGGGGUCCUUUGUGCAGCGUUGGCGUGCAAACGUCACCGGGACUUCGCUCGCUGCCAUCGUUAAAGAGGAAGACGCAAACAAUCAGCACGACCAAUGGACCAGCAGUGGAAACCAUGUCUUUGGACCGGAUGAGGCGUUGUGACGUCAGCGGCAGGCACGUCGUCAAGCCCACGUCCAAUAACGCCAGUAACCAUGUCACGCAAGAUCAGAUGUCGCAAGACAGCGAGUUGUACUGUCAAAUCAAAGUCAACCCCAACCAAUCAGAGCUUCGAGGGAGUUUAAAACGAACCCCUCGGUAUGCUAACGGAAGCAUUGUUGCACCUGAGGUGGUGGGCGGGGUUUGUAGCGAGGGGGCGGAGUCUGCUGAAGCAAGAUGCCAGAGUCAACAAAUCACGCGGGAUUGUAGACGUGGUCAGUCGCUGAAAGGAGAGGGGUCUCGGCCGGUCACGCACUGUGGAAGCGUUAGCCCGUACGCCACGCCCCCUCGGCCAUGUCGUAUAAUGACAUCGUCACCCAGAUUGUGCGCCACCUGUGGGCGGAGACAGUCUCAAGCCCCGCCCUGCAUGGCGCCUGCUUGUCGAAAACGUGCAGCGAGUCAGGUUCAAGUGAGCACGAUGCUUCCAAUGCCGCCGCGGAAAAGCUGUACGGCACGACUGCAAAAACUAAAUUCCACCGUGGCGCAACUGACGUACACGCAAAUUCCCAACAUACACAAUCAGCAAACGCAAAGUGCGACACAGUACAACUCUCUCCCCUCACGAUCGAGCAAAAAAGACAUGCAGACCAAAACGUCUGACGAACCAAAAACAUGCCAAAACGACUCAAGUACACAGCAGACACACAAAACGCAACACACACAAACACAAGUCACACACACAACCAAAACACAACCUACAUCCCAAGAUGCAACCACAGAAACAAGCAAACCUCAAUUAUCGUCAGUGUCCGCCACAUCAAAACCGCCACACCCUUUGCUUUCCAUUGGCUCGGACUUACAAGCAACACCCAAUCUUCCACCCAAGAAUGCCUCCCAUUCAAAACAAAUACAGGUCAAAUCCAAACCAGUGCCUCCUGAGCUUCUGAUUGGCUCAGAGAUGAAGCCUAAACCCCAAACCCCACCCACUGACACUGAACCUACAACUGAGACAAACACAGACUCCAAGCCCCGCCCUAAAGAUGCCCAUCCGCCGCAAACAGACGAGAUCCCGAAAUGCAACGGGGCACCAGGUGUUCUACACGGCCUGCUGCAGAAUGUAGAAGAGAAUCUGCUGUAUAACCAGGAGAAGAUCAAAGUUCUGCUCAAUGUCAUCCAGGAUCUGGAGAGGAACAAGGCCAUGAGCGAAGGACGUUGUUCGUACAGAACCGGUCAGGACAUCAACAACUGCUCAACCUGCCAGAAAACAGCCUGUAUCAUCUACAGCGUGGAGCAUGACUUCCGUGUACAGGAGGGGCGUUUCCAAAGUAUCCUUGAGGCCUUGGAGGCGGAGUAUGAUGUCCCGCCCCCCAUCCCAAAACCCGCCCCCUUACAACCUCGAACAAAGAGCCGCGUCAAGAAACUGAGAAAGAAGUGUUUCUGGUGGCUGUAGCCCCUAAAAACAUUUGAAAAAAAAAACCUCCUGACUGCCACUUUGGAGAUACUGUAUACCACAGCAAGCGUUACCAGAGAAACAUACCUAAACAAUUGCAAUGAAAAAUGGAAAAAAAACAAUGUUCUUGUUGAUAAGGAGUUCACCAGCAUCACUGUUGUCAUGGAAAAACUUGUGGACAUAUGGAUAAAAUACAGUCCAGAUUCCAAAAACAACUUUACAGUCUGAGUUAAAGGAUGCUUUCCAAGUUAAAACGAGUUACCUUUCAGAGAGGUUGACUGCUGCAGUGUGACAAACUACUCAAAGUAAGGACUAAACCAAAAGCGCAACUGACAUCCUAAAAACUUGAGGAUAAUUUACUAUAAAGUCCAAGGAGACCCACUAGUCAAUAAAUGCCCUUCAUAGGGUCUGACAGAGCUGGAAUGCAGUCGAUAUCCCUCUUUACAAUGACAGACAGCGUGUUAGCAUAAUGUAGACUCGCUGUCACAACCCGAGACAUCUCAUUGCACCAGUAUGACCUCUAUGUGUGGAUGGCAUGAACGUCUAAUGCUCUGUUUCAAAACCUAGUGAGCUGCCUAUCUAGACAGUGUUUAAAAGCAACAUAGAGUUGAUGUUCCAAAAGCUGGGAAGAAACAUUAUUCUGCCUUUUAAAGUAGCAAAGUUUUGGUCAAAUUAUAAGACAGCAUUGAAUGCGUACUUCACGGAAAGGCAAUCCUAGAACACAAUUCAAAGAUGUUGAUUUAUUCAGUACUGAAAAGUAUCGCUAAACAGUUUAGUCUUGUUAAAAAUAGACUCUUUUAUGCAAUAUUUGGGUUUGCUAUAUAUUAGAAUAUCACGUCGUUAGUUUAGCAACAUGCUUAUGUCAACCGAAAUCAACUGUGAGUGAGUCUCCCGUGUGCUUCACGUGAGGAGCAUUUAGUGAAGUGCGUUAGUUGCUAUCUUUGUAGAGCGUUCCAAAUAAGUCACUUACGAGAUUUGGGUAAGGGUGCAGUUUUAAGGCUGAUUUAUGCAUCUGCGUCAAAUCUACAGCGUAAGCUCCGCGUAGUGGCCAACACGUUGGUUUGCAUUUAUAGUUCUGCUUUGGUGUCUGCGUCAUUUUACGAGUACACAGCCAAACUGCUAAUUAUACAUUCAUAAAUAAACAAAGGCAAUGUAAAUAGUGGAUUCAAAAGUAGAUAUUAAAUUAUUGUAGCAUUAAAAACGAGUUCAAAGUAUGUGAACAUGUUGAAAUGUAGGUAGGCUACAUAUGAUUUAUUAUACAUGUUGCCUUUAUUGCAGGGAGCAAAUGAAUAAGAAAAAUGCUUGCUCUUGAGUUGCUUAAAUAAUAAUAAAUAAAUAUUUUGCCAUACUUUUGACAUUCCGUGCUGAAAAGAAAUUAUAAAAUUAAUAAAUAACUCUACCACGCUUGGCGAACACUAAAUGGGUGUCGUUUUAAAGACUUUACGAUGCAUAUAGGCAAUAUAACCAACUCUUACCAGGUGCUAUUGAAAUUUUAGCCUAUGACAUAGGUUUGACGCUGAAGUAUAAAUCGUCCUUUAGAAGAUAGCUGCCUAUGUAGGCAGUAAAGUGAAAGGCAGCUCACUAGGUCGUGAAACAGAGCCUACAUGUAUCAAAAGUUGAAUAACAGAAUUCCACAAGUUCAGUUACGCUGCAAAUCUAGAAAUGGAACAGAAUUAUGGAAAGGCCACGUCCACUCUAAUAAAUGUUCAUUUGAAAACACAUUACUUUUGCUACGUUUGUGUCAUCCACAACCUUCAACGAAAACGAAGCAUUUGAAAAAUCUCUCAAUUGCCGCGUAAUUUGGAAAACGAUGACAUUAGGAAACUGAAAAUGGAGUUAGUGUCGAGUCGGCAAUAGUGUGACUAAGGGGCCGUUCACACAGGAUGCGUUCUUGCGCACGUCUGCUCUAUUCUUGAAACUGUUCUCCUAUGUAAACAUGCUAUACGGGUAGGUUUGACCGUUGUGAUGCACCACGCUAUUAUUAACCGUUUUGUGCCAUGAGCACUGUGUUUUUACGAUGCAACUUUUCAAGACCACAGCAUUCUGUUCUGUUCCAAAUCUAGCUGUUUUUGAAAACUAGAACACUAACAUGAACUUAUAUCUUCAACUUUUGUUGCGCUCACGUUUUGUUGGAAUUAUCGUAAUUACAAGAUGACAAAUCGGAGAUUCUACUCGAGCUGUUCAAUUACUAAUUUCAAUGGGAAUUUCAUAACGCAUAUUCGUAAUUACGGUAAUUCCGAAAUGAGGCGAACGCACCAUUAAUGUAACAUGAAUGCAACUGCAAAUUUACACACUCACACACACAGACGACCAAAAGGGCGUUAUUUAUGAAACUCGAGCAGAACGAAUUCUGUUAGUCAUAUGUAAACAGUUCUUACGUAAAUUGUUGCAUUCAAUUCAAUGGGGGAAUUUAUACACAAAUUGAAUUCUGAAAGAUUUACACAGAAAUCCGUUCUGCUCAUGUUUAAGAAAAAAGGCUCAGUAUGUUUAUGUAUAUGUUUGGUAUUUUCACAAACAUUGUAGCUUUAAAAUGUAUAUAUUUAUUAUGGUGAAUGAAAAUUCAAACAUUAACAUAUGCAUAUCAUUUAUUUUUCUCUUUCACACACUUUCUCAUGUCCAGAUAAAAAUGUCUUGCUUACUCCAGUACACAAACACACACAAACACACACACCGUUUCUAACUUGCAUCUUCCACUUUGUCCUGUCUCCACGUCUACACUUGAAAACAUACAGUAUAUAUAUAUAUAUAUAUAUAAACAUAUUAUAAUUAAUGUAUUUUUAUAUGCUGAUAUUCUCAUAAGCUAAGACUACAUUCCCCACAACACUCUCUUCCUCCCUCCACCUGUUUGCAAUGGACAUAUUUAACAUAACGUCAAUAAAAUUGUGUAUUUUAAUGCAGGAAAUGUUUCUGGUUGGGUGACAAAGGUAACAAGGGAAAUACACAGUGUUUUCUAUUUAAGAUGAGUAAAAAAUGGCAACAUAAAAUGUAUUGAAAGAACACUGUAUAGAACCAGGACCAUGAGAAAUUAAAUUAAGAUAAUUACUGAAAACUGCUGCUUUUACUGCACAUAGAAGUGUGAAGGAGAUGAGAUGAAGCAGGGGUUUUAG